AGGGGGGCGGCUCCUCCCCCGCCCCCCCCGCGCGCUGCUGGCGCGCGGCCGCCGCGCUCACGUGACCGGGGCGGCAGGGCCCCUGCCGGACACCGUAGCGGCGCCGCGCCCGGCCCGGCCCUGCUGCGCCUCGCCAUGGGGUGCUGCUACAGCAGCGAGGCCGAGGCCUCCGACCAGGAAGAAGAGACGAAGCGGCUGCUGGAGCCCGCCGCCAGCCCUCCCAACAAGGUGUUGAAUGGCGCGGAGCAGAGCUACCACAGCCUCCCGUCAGCGCGCACCGACGAGCAGGCCAUGCUCUCCUCCAUCCUCGCCAAGACGGCCAUCAACAUCAUCGACGUAUCGGCGGCGGAUUCCCAGGGAAUGGAGCAGCACGAGUACAUGGACAGAGCCCGGCAGUACAGCACGCGCCUGGCCAUGCUGAGUAACAACCUGACGCACUGGAAGAAGCUCCCGCUGCUGCCGUCUCUGACCAACCAGCCGCACCAAGUGCUAGCGAGCGACCCCGUCCCCUUCGCAGACUUGCAGCAGGUGUCCCGGAUAGCUGCCUACGCCUUCAGCGCGCUCUCACAGAUCCGCAUCGAUGCAAAAGAAGAACUGGUUGUACAGUUUGGCAUCCCCUGAGCCCGCCCUGCCGCGGCACAGCUUCACUGUUGGGUUUGGGGUGUUUUUCUUUUUCUUUUUUUUUCCCUUUUGGUCUUUAUUUUCCCUCCCCUCCCUCCCCGCGGCACCUUGCCUCGACAGAACUUGUACAUACACCCCGUUUCCUACUAAUCACCGAGAAGACGAUUGCCACCGCAUAGCCCCCGCUGCGGCGCUGCCCCCAGGCUUUCUCCCCCUUGCUUGGGGGGCCCUCUCCCGUGGGCAGCCCGGCACCGGGGGGACAGGGGGGCCGCGCCGGAGGGCUUGCUGCCGCGCCGCGGGGGUGACGCUCUGCACGGCAUCUGCCGGCUUCUGACACCCUCCCCCUCAUUUUUACAUGUUUGGACCUUUAUUUUAUUUUAUUUUUUUUGCCACAGUAGAUAAAACACGUUCAUCCGG